AUGGUCGGGUCGAACGAGCUGCUGGGCAAUUGGGACCCGAAGCGCGGCAUGGGCAUGAGGUGGAGCGAGGGCGACGUGUGGGUGGCGGAUUUCGAGGUUCCGCCCGGCCCCCAUCUCGAGAUGGAGUACAAGUAUGUCGUCCGCAACGCUGACGGUGGCGUGUCCCACUGGAAGCCCGGCAGCAACUUCAGCUUCAGCCUCUCUAGCGUCGCUCCUCUGGUGCUGGCCAGAGGCGGGCCGCGCGGCGCGCAGCUUGGCGGCGUCGCCGUGCGGGACGCGUGGGACGGGGCCAGGCGUGACGUGAGCGUCGAGUUUGCAGAGGACAGCGGCCUGAGUGAGGAGGAGCGGCGCGAGCAGGACGCGUUCAGGGAGUCGCUGAGCGCUGCCCUGGAGGAGCUCUCUGGCCACAUCACCCAGGCCGAGCAGCUCAGCAGACGCAUCAAGGACCCGGCAUCACCCCACCUGCUCGAAGCGGACCGAAUGGUGGCUGCGGCCACUCGCAAGGCAGUGGCCUUUGCCCAGGCGCUCAAUGCAUCCAUCUCGUGGAGCGCCCUCUCCGAACAGGCCUGA